AUGAUGAACAUCCUGCGCGCAGUCCAUGCUCUGCUCCUCGCUGGCCUGGCCGGCCUCGCUAUGUUGGCGAUGGCGGCUGCGCCGGCCGAGGCGGCAGCAGCAUCGUCUGAACCCUCCUCCUCCUCCUCCUCCUCUUCUUCUUCUUCUUUGUCCCCUGUUCGCUUGUCCGGUUCCCGCUCUGGAAACUGCUCAGCUCUCACCCCCUCGGCUGUCGUUCCUAACGGUGUCUCUCGCCAGAUCACGCCCCAUGCCAUCGUCUCGGAUGCUUGCGUCUCGUACGACUCCCUCGAGAAGCUUAACCAGAACGUGAAGCCCGCUGUCGACGACCUGACCCAUACCACCGACUACUUCUCCUACUACCGCCUCGGCCUGUUCGGCCGCACCUGUCCGUUCUGGAACGAUGACAGCGGCUUAUGCGGCAACAUUGCAUGCGCCGUCUCCACGAUCGAGGACGAGGCCGACAUCCCGCUGGUCUGGCGUGCCGAGGAGCUGAGCAAACUCGAAGGCCCCAAGGCUGAGCACCCCGGCCGGAAGGCGCAAAAAGAGCGACCUCAACGGCCCUUGCAGGGUUCCCUUGGAGAGAAUGUUGGCGAGAGCUGUGUGGUUGAUUAUGACGACGAAGGCGACGAUCGGGACUACUGCGUUCCGGACGAUGAGAGCGCCUCCGCAAAGGGGGACUACGUCUCUCUGGUCGCGAACCCCGAGCGCUUCACUGGAUACGGCGGCAAGAGUGCCCAGAUGGUCUGGGACGCCAUCUAUCGCCACAACUGCUUCAAGAAGUCAUCUUUUCCACACUCGGCUGGCUUGGGCAUGUCAUCGGUUGCAAGAGGCCCAGCAGAGCAAGACUUCAGGGCCGUUUUGCAGAGCGCCGAGCGUCAGCAGGUGCUCGAUCAGCAGCGAAGCCAGGGCAUAGAGGGGCCCGUUCCCUCGUCCACGGGACUCGAGUACGAGGACGAGUGUCUCGAAAAGCGCGUGUUCUUCCGGGUCGUCUCGGGCAUGCACGCCAGCAUCAACACUCAUAUCUGCUGGGACUACCUCAAUAAGAUGACGGGUGAACGAGGACGCAACAUAUCGUGCUACGUCGAGCGCGUCCAGUCCCAUCCCGAGCGUAUUGCCAACCUGUACUUCAACUACGCCCUUGUCACACGUGCCGUCGCCAAGAUCGGUCCACACUUGCAGGCCUAUACCUUCUGCACCGGCGACCGUGACCAAGAUGCCGCCACCAAGGCAAAGGUCGCCGCCGUCGUGGACGCCUCGCUCAAGCAGCCCGAGAUCUUCGACGAGAGCCUGAUGUUCAAGAACGGAGAAGGCCCCAGCCUCAAGCAGGAGUUCAAGGACAACUUUCGCAACAUCAGCCGGAUCAUGGACUGUACGAGCUGCGACAAGUGCCGGCUCUGGGGCAAGCUGCAGGUGGCGGGCUACGGUGCUGCGCUCAAGGUCCUCUUCGAGUUCGAUAACGGCAGCGGCGAGAUUCCCCUGCUGAAGAGAACCGAGCUCGUCGCCCUGUUCAACCUAUACGCCCGCCUGAGCAACUCCGUCGACGCAGUGACCCAGUUCCGGGAUCUGAUCGAGUCACACGGCGUAACCGACAAGUUGAUUCCCGUCGAGGAGGAGAAGCCCAAAGAGGACGAGCCGAAGGCUCUCCCCGAUCGCGUCAAACUGCCGCAUGCCGUGGGCCAGGGCCAGAGCAAGCAGCACUCCGAGGCAGUCGCGGAAAACAGCGACGAGUGGGAUGGUCUGAAGGAACCUUCAUCUGGAGAUGGCAACCUCACCAGGCUCCAGCAGGCUGCUAAAGAUUCCGCGGAUGAGCUGAAGAACGUUAUCGCGGUCUUCAAGUACGUCAUGGGAGGGUUUAUCGGAUUUCCGAGAUGGCUCUGGCACGCAUCCCUGUACGAGAUGGAUCGCGCCUGGCGAUGGUACAUAGGCCUGUACGUUCCGCCCCGUGAGUCGUACGUCGAGUGGCCGGACCUCGAGGCCAUCUUCGGCCACAAGCCCGCGAGCGCCAACACCGAGGACCAGGCGGUGGAGCGUGAGCUCUGA